AUGCUUCAUGGUGUUCGGUUUUCUCGUUUGUAUUCUCGUGAUCGUUCACAUGGUCUGAGCCAGAUAGUUUGUGGUAGGAGGAUCAAAGGGUUGGACCGUGCCAUCAGAUCAUCAACUAUAGAAUCAAUGGGCAGAGCAAAGCAGAUUCCAAAUCAAAGACUCUCUGCUUACAACAAAGAUGCAGCUACCGCUAAAUUCACAGAUGGACACACUUCCUUCACGCUUAACCGGUCUCGACCAUACUAUUUCAUCAGUGGAAGCAAAGAUAAUUGUCACAAGAACCCGAAGCUUGUCAUAAUUGUAAUGGCUGAUAGAAGCAACAGCAACACUACAAUCCCAGCUUCAUCACCAUCUUCACCUUCUCCUCCUUACACAGGGACUUUUGAAAUAACCCCAGGGCCUUCGGAAGGGACUCCCGGAAACACAACUUUGCGUUCUUCUUCCUCUGUUUUGCCUUUUGCUUUUGUUGGUACUUUGUUUCUUUCUCUUACCAUCUAA